AUUAUCCGUGUGUCAAUAAGUGAUUCCGUGGUAAAAACGUGCUGCGGCAUCCCGGUUGGUGCCCGUAAAAUUGUGAAAUAUCGUAGCUCAUCUGGCCUAAUUGAGAGUGGAUUUUCACCGGAGUAAUUACUUUCACCGUGCGGAUGGUGAUACAAGUGAGGAAACCAGUGUGAAGAUCUGUGUUUAGCUGUGUGCAUUAAUCGGUACGGUACUGCGUAACACAUAACCUUGAAGCAGUCGUAGUUUCCUGCCUGGAAGACCCCAAACGAAAGGAGCAAAACGAAUCAAAUAUGCAAAGAUGUCUACAAUCACGGAAAAGCGACGGGUUUCUUCCAUUCUCAAACCACAGUCACCACCGAACGGAAAUGGUACACCGUCCCGAAACAAGGUUCGGUUUGCUGUGUUGUCAGUCGAAUCGGUACUGCAGGAUGUGUUGGAUAAUAGCCGGUUAACGGGGUAUGAAGAAUUGUUACAAAACCUACAAGAAGACCCAGAGGAUGAUCAAUUUCAACAACUUUUCCUAGAAGCUAAACAAGCCGUUCCAUUGAUGAAGCCACGCUUCGGCAAGCUAGUGGAGCAUCUGCUUGCCACUCGCUGGUUAAACCGCACGGCGGAAGCCCAGGAGGCAUACAAACAGUUCGUAGUGGAGCUAUCGAUUGUGCAGAAAAACUAUUGCACGAUGACGAUAUCGAAGCUGGUCCAGCUGCUCAUCCCGGAGAAAGCAAAGCCAACGCCGGGCAGUACGGAAUGUGAGGACCAGGAACGGCAAAUGAGAUCUCUGCAUGAUCUGAUAAUGAGACUGCAAAAUGUGAUACCGAUGAUUUUCGACGUUGUGCUGACGCUGCUGCGAAAGAAAUUUCCCUACUACAAGCGGCCGACCUACGAGGUGAUCGGCUUUCUGUGCAAUGUGCUGCAGAUGACGGAGUACGCAUCGAUUUACUGUGAUGAGCUGCUGGACAUUGUGUUCUGCGAGCUGCUGCAGCUGGACGUGAAUGUUCCGCGUAGCGUUAUUGAGGAUACGGAAUAUCCGGACGAGGAGAUGAUGUUUGAAAUGACUGAAACCGGUGGCGAUGAUGAGGACACCAUGAAGCAUCCGGUUGCCGAAACGCUAGAUCAAUACAUGGAAAUCGUGCUUAACUACAUCCACCAAACGGUGAAAGUGGAUGGACAGGGAGAUCGAUUGUUUAAGAUCAUUCUCAAUCAGUUCGAGACACACAUCCUUCCCACACACAACACGGAUCAUACGCAGUUCGUCAUUUUUUACAUCUGCAGCUUUAAGCUUUCGUACGCAGAACAUUUCAUCAGUUCGCUCUGGAAAAAUGUGAACAAUCUGAACAAAUCACCGACCGUGCGGCAGACAUCGGUCGGGUACAUAGCAAGCAUGCUUGCCAGAGCGAAAUUUGUCCCAUUGAACUACAUUAAGUCGAUGCUGGUGGAAAUGUCGCACUGGGUGCACGCCUAUAUACAGCGGUGCGAUUCAAUGCACUACAAUCAAACGCUGAAGGCACAUCUCGUGUUUUACGCCGUGUGUCAGGCCAUCUUCUACGUGGUAGCAUUCCGCGCUAAUCAUCUUACUUCCAGCUCGAAGAAUCUUGCUUUCCUGCAAUCGUUGCAGCUUUCGUCAAUCGUCACCUGUCAGCUGAAUCCAUUGCGCGUCUGUUUGCCGACGGUGGCAACCGCCUUUGCUGGGAUAACUCGAGCCUAUCAGUUGGCAUACUGUCACACCAUUCUGGAACGGAAUGCACGCCGUAAAUUGGCCACCGUGUACAAGAACAGUACGCAACUGCCGGAAGAAUGUCUCGACACGUUCUUUCCGUUCGAUCCGUACAUGCUGAAGAAGUCUGGCAAGCGCAUUGAGGAGUUCUAUCUGCAGUAUCAGGCGCAUGAAAUAGAUGAGGAAGAUGGUGGUGAGACGAGUGUUGGCAAGGGUCGCAAACGGUACGAAUCGGUGUCGGAGGAUGUGGAUGAUUUCAUACCGGAAAGCAAGCGUCACAAACAUGCGGAUGGGCACGGUGUGGAUGUAAGCGGAGAAAUGUCAUUCUCGUACGGUACAUCGCCGGGAUUUCAUAGCUGAAUAAGUAAUAUACCCCUCUUCCAGUGUGGUAUAUAGGUACGGCACUAGUCGUAAAAUCGGAAUGUCUAUUUAUGCUUUUUAAAUGCUGAUAAUAAAUAAAUUGAUGCGUCAUUUAUCCACAUUUUCAAUGUACUCCAA